GCAGAACGACAGAUUUGUACCUUGUCAGCUCGGGGGUUUGAACUUGCAAUCUUCCGGCUACUAGUCCAACACUCUAACCACUAGGCUACUCUGCCGCCCCAAUAUGAGUGAAAAAGUCUGUGUUUGAAUGGUUUGGGCGUAUACCGGUCAUUAAAAUGAUUCAUGACAUGUUAACAGUGCAUUGGUCAGCUCCGAGAAAGCAGGGAGGCAGCUCCUCCCUGCAAGUUUCAGGCAAGUCUGUCCUUAGGGAUAAGGCAAGGGUCCGUUUUGAAAAUGUUCAACCCUGUCUACCAUCCAACUCACCAUGGUCAACCCUGUCUACCAUCCAACUCACCAUGGUCAACCCUGUCUACCAUCCAACUCAUCAUGGUCAACCCUGUCUACCAUCCAACUCACCAUGGUCAUCCCUGUCUACCAUCCAACUCACCAUGGUCAACCCUGUCUACCAUCCAACUCACCAUGGUCAACCCUGUCUACCAUCCAACUCACCAUGGUCAACCCUGUCUACCAUCCAACUCACCAUGGUCAACCCUGUCUACCAUCCAACUCACCAUGGUCAACCGUGUCUACCAUCCAACUCACCAUGGUCAACCGUGUCUACCAUCCAACUCACCAUGGUCAACCCUGUCUACCAUCCAACUCACCAUGGUCAUCCCUGUCUACCAUCCAACUCACCAUGGUCAACCCUGUCUACCAUCCAACUCACCAUGGUCAACCCUGUCUACCAUCCAACUCACCAUGGUCAACCCUGUCUACCAUCCAACUCACCAUGGUCAACCGUGUCUACCAUCCAACUCACCAUGGUCAAUCCUGUCUACCAUCCAACUCACCAUGGUCAACCCUGUCUACCAUCCAACUCACCAUGGUCAACCCUGUCCACCAUCCAACUCCCCAUGGUCAUCCCUGUCUACCAUCCAACUCACCAUGGUCAACCCUGUCUACCAUCCAACUCACCAUGGUCAACCCUGUCUACCAUCCAACUCACCAUCACCAUGGUCAACCCUGUCUACCAUCCAACUCACCAUGGUCAACCGUGUCUACCAUCCAACUCACCAUGGUCAACCGUGUCUACCAUCCAACUCUCAUGGUCAACCCUGUCUACCAUCCAACUCACCAUGGUCAACCCUGUCUACCAUCCAACUCACCAUGGUCAACCCUGUCUACCAUCCAACUCACCAUGGUCAACCCUGUCUACCAUCCAACUCACCAUGGUCAUCCCUGUCCACCAUCCAACUCUCCAUGGUCAACCCUGUCCACCAUCCAACUCACCAUCACCAUGAUCAAGCCUGUCCACCAUCCACCAUCACCAUGGUCAACCCUGUCUACCCUCCAACUCACCAUCACCAUGGUCAAUCCUGUCUACCAUCCAACUCACCAUCACCAUGGUCGACCCUGUCUACCCUCCAACUCACCAUUAUUAACCCUGUCUACCAUCCAUCUCGCCAUUAUUAACCCUGUCCACCAUCCAUCUCACCAUUAUUAACCCUGUCUACCCUCCAACUCACCAUUAUUAACCCUGUCCACCAUCCAUCUCACCAUUAUUAACCCUGUCUACCCUCCAACUCACCAUUAUUAACCCUGUCCACCAUCCAACUCACCAUUAUUAACCCUGUCUACCCUCCAACUCACCAUUAUUAACCCUGUCCACCCUCCAACUCACCAUUAUUAACCCUGUCCACCCUCCAACUCACCAUUAUUAACCCUGUCUACCCUCCAACUCACCAUUAUUAACCCUGUCCACCAUCCAACUCACCAUUAUUAACCCUGUCUACCCUCCAACUCACCAUUAUUAACCCUGUCCACCCUCCAACUCACCAUUAUUAACCCUGUCUACCCUCCAACUCACCAUUAUUAACCCUGUCUACCCUCCAACUCACCAUUAUUAACCCUGUCUACCCUCCAACUCACCAUUAUUAACCCUGUCUACCCUCCAACUCACCAUUAUUAACCCUGUCUACCCUCCAACUCACCAUUAUUAACCCUGUCUACCCUCCAACUCACCAUUAUUAACCCUGUCUACCCUCCAACUCACCAUUAUUAACCCUGUCUACCCUCCAACUCACUAUUAUUAACCCUGUCCACCCUCCAACUCACUAUUAUUAACCCUGUCCACAUCAGAAUAUAUGUUCUCUUCUUCUUUCCUUCUCUUCAUGUUUUACCUGUCAGUGAGACAGUCUUUGAUAUAGCCGUGUCCUUCUCUUGUCUGUAUACUGCAGUUCAUACUUUACCUGUCAGUGAGACAGUCUUUGAUAAUAGCCAUGUGUAUGAGUGUUAAUGGAAUUUAUGUUUAAAUUAAUUAUUAGAAUAUUCCACCCUGAAACCUUUUUUAAUUGUAUGAAAUUGAUUAGAAUCAUAAAAUUAUUAUUAAUGAUGUGUGUAGUUUGUCAGUAAAAGCAUAAUUAAUGAUGUUUGUAGUUUUUGUCAGAAUUAGAGUAAAACAAUAUAUCUGUACAAUAUAUGUUUAUAGUAUCUUAAAACACAGACUGUCUGAGCAAAAUUCGUUGCCGACCUUGCUAGGGGCCUCUGAGAGAUUUGGGAGAGGGCGGGGAGUACUUCUCAAGUCCCUCCUAAUCUUGAGGGAGGACAGGGAGUGCUUCCCACAGUCUCCCUAAUCUUGAGGGAGGACAAGGAGUGCUUCCCACGGUCUCCCUAAUCUUGAGGGAGGACAGGGAGUGCUUCCUACGGUCUCCCUAAUCUUGAGGGAGGACAAGGAGUGCUUCCCAAGGUCUCCCUAAUCUUUGUCGGCUGGGUGGUGAUACAGUAUGUGCGUAUUAUACCUACUGUUUGUGUUUGAAUGUAAGUGCGUAAGGAGCCAGUAUAAUAUGAAUGGUUUUGUGCAACGGACUAGCGCUCUCGUGAAUAAACAUUUUGACUAUCAUA